AGAGCAGGCCUAGGAGAAGGGAAAGCUGGAUUCCUAUUCAUAAUGUCUAAGUGUCUGGACCUAACUGUUCCUGAAAGCAGGAUAUCUUGACUUUUAAUGCUUUGUAAGCCAAUAAAUUAUUUUUGCUAGAGCUAGUUGGGUUGGGUAACCUGCCCCAUCUCCUUAGGUAGGUCCUGACUGAAGCAAAGGACAAGAUAUCCCGACUUUUACGCUGGGACAAACCAGGACACUUUUAAUGUCCAGCUGGAGCCAGCUGAGGAAGGUCACCCGAUCUCGUUCAGGCUCCCUCCCCCCAUUCUAAAAGUGAAAUAGCAACCGGUUAUCCUCCCAGCAGCUCAGUGUCUUCAGAGUGGUGAGCCACCCGCCCCGUGGGCCAGUUCCUAGGACCACCUCCGCGACAGAAGACGCUUGGAGGGUGAUGAGCAGUCUUCCCCAUCCUUUGACGCCCACCCCGUGCCCACCAGACAGGGGGCACAGACACACCACAAAUCAGCGGCCAUCACAGGAGGAGAGUCCAGAGCAGCGGCCAGAAAAGCAGGUGCCCCGGAUUUUAGGCUCUCAGGGGUUUUCCAGGUGGGCAUGCCCCGGACACUCAGCGCGUCCGACAUGGUCACCCCGGGCAGCCUCGGCCCACCCCCCAGCGAGCCCACGGACGGCGAGCAGGCUGGGCAGCCCCUCCUGGAUGGAGCUCUGUCCUCAGCCUCCCUGGACACCCUGAUCGAGCACCUGGUGCCCACCGCCGACUACUACCCUGAGAAAGCCUACAUCUUCACCUUCCUGCUGAGCUCUCGCCUCUUCAUCGAGCCCCAGGAGCUCCUGGCCCGGGUCUGCCACUUGUGCAUCGAGCAGCAGCAGCUGGACAAGCCAGUGCUGGACAAGGCCCAGGUCCGGAAGUUUGGCCCCAAACUGCUCCAGCUGUUGGCCGAGUGGACAGAGACAUUUCCGCGGGACUUCCAGGAGGAGUCAACCAUCGGUCACCUGAAGGACGUGGUGGGCCGCAUCGCCCCCUGUGACGAGGCAUACAGAAAGAGGAUGCACCAGCUUCUGCAGGCUCUGCACCAGAAGCUGGCAGCUCUGGGCCAGGGACCGGAACACCUGCUGGGCACCGACAAGCCCGUCUCCUACAGGACCAAGCCUCCAGCCUCCAUCCACAGGGAGCUCCUUGGCAUCUGCAGCGACCCCUACAUGCUGGCUCAGCAGCUGACCCAUGUGGAGCUGGAACAGCUGCGGCACAUUGGACCUGAGGAGUUUGUCCAGGCUUUUGUGAACAAGGACCCUCUGGCCAGCACAAAGCCUUGUUUCAGUGACAAGACUAACAACCUGGAAGCUUACGUGAAAUGGUUCAACAGACUGUGUUACCUCGUGGCUACUGAGAUCUGCAUGCCAGCCAAGAAGAAACAGCGGGCCCAGGUGAUCGAGUUCUUCAUCGACGUGGCCCGGGAAUGCUUCAACAUCGGCAACUUCAACUCCCUGAUGGCCAUCAUCUCGGGCAUGAACAUGAGCCCAGUCUCCAGGCUGAAGAAGACUUGGGCCAAAGUGAAGACAGCCAAGUUUUUCAUCCUCGAGCACCAGAUGGACCCAACGGGCAACUUCUGCAACUACAGAGCAGCCCUGCGAGGGGCAGCCCACCGCUCCCUGACUGCCCACAGCAGCCAGGAGAAGAUCGUCAUCCCCUUCUUCAGCCUGCUCAUCAAGGAUAUCUACUUCCUAAAUGAGGGCUGUGCCAACCGCCUCCCCAACGGACAUGUCAACUUUGAGAAAUUCCUGGAGCUGGCCAAGCAAGUAGGAGAGUUCAUCACCUGGAAACAAGUGGAGUGUCCCUUCGAGCAAGACCUCAGCAUCACCCACUACCUGCACACUGCCCCCAUCUUCAGCGAGGACGGUCUUUAUUUGGCUUCUUAUGAAAGUGAAAGCCCAGAGAACCAAACAGAAAAAGAGAGGUGGAAAUCUCUAAGGUCUUCUAUUCUGGGGAAGACAUGAGAGGCACUGAGCUGGAGAAGGAGGAGGAGGGAGAGGAAGAGAGGAAGCCAGCCUUCUGCAGCCCUGCCUGCCCCAGCCAGCCCAGUGGGAGGCAGAGGCAUUGAUGCGUCACUGCUUUGCAAACUGUGAUCCUGUGGCCUGCCACCUGCCGCAAUGACCACACGGCCCAGGCGAACUUUCUCCACCUUUUGUGAAACCUCAGCCCUGGAAGGGCCCACAGCCUCCAAACAUAUGAGGGGCACAUGCCUCAGGGGCCCUGCCUUCAGAACAGUGGUGGUCACAUUGCUGGUCAGUCUGUCUGUCCUCUGCAAUGAUCCAAGAGGUUGGGUGGCUAUGAUCUCACCCUCGCCAUGGAGGUAGACACCUACCUGUCUCCAGGUGACCUGGGAGCCUUCAUAUCUCCAGCAGACGUCAUGGUGGCAUGAGAGGGGCCACAGCCCACUUGUGGCCCCUGCCAUUUUACGAAUGGACCCAACCCUGCCCAGUGAGAUGGGCUGGUUUCUGUAGCCCUGUGUAUACCCUUUCGGCAUCCUGCUGGGAUCAGGACAGCUUCCUGGUGAGAGCUAUGAUGCCGGUCAGCAGGACAAAUUUGAGUCACACACUUGACCACGUGUACAGUACAUUGUAAAUUUUAGAGUUGGUAUAAAUACAUUGGUAUACCCUGUGUAUUCACAUCCACUUCACAUCUGUCACUGGUGACCUUCUGCCAGGAUGCAGGGCAAUGUCCCAGUUCAGGCCCAGGAACGCAGUGACCACAGGUCAGGAGGGGGCCUUGGGGGCCAGUUCCACACCAUAGACUCCAUAUCCUGCUGAAAUUUGCUGGUGCACAGUAGGUAUUUGGUGAGCUCCAGUGAGCAGAUCCUGACAGCCACGUGUGGGGCCAGAUGCCUCGCUUGUCUAGGUGAAUAGCGAUGGAGUCGGGAGGACGCACAACCCGCAGGAGGCCCUCCCAGUGGGCUCUCACUGUGCCCUUCACACACUGAGCCACAUUUCUGGGCCUGGAGCAAAUGGGUCAUGGGGCUGCUGAGCCCCCACCUGGCAUGGGACUAGGUCAUCCAGUCAAGAAGUCAGGGAGUGUGAUGUGCACCCCCAUUCCCAGUUGUCCUGAGUGCAGAGGAUUGUGUUGAAGAUGCAGUGAUGCAUCCUGGCCAGCCCCUGACCACAUCAGGCCUCUCAGAGUCCAGACCCAGCUCAGCUGGGACCAGCGUCAGCUGUCCUGGCAGUGUGGCCUUUGGUCCCACCUGGGGGACAGGCAGAGACAGAACAACCAACACCCCAGAUGCCUCCCCAACUCGAGGCAUUCUGCCUGAUGAACCCAGGACCUCAGCAAGGAUCCUGCAGCCUGACAGAGGCGUGGGAGUGUGCCUGUUCUGCUUGAAUGGAAUCUGCUGUACUCCAGAACAGCCUACCCCUUUCCAUCUGAGACCCCAGAGAGGCUGAGGAGUACAGUGGGUAGCAAAGAUGAUCCGGUUUUCAGUCAAGCCCAGGCUCCCUGCCUGCCUCACACCACAUCUAAGCUCUCCACAGGGGUGGGGAUGGGGUUCUGAGAGUCCCGGGAGCUAACUAGAAGCACUUCCUGACCCCCUCAGGUCUGCCCAGCACACUCCCUUGGUGUCUGGCAUCCCCUGGGGCAGCACUAGACCAGACUCCUGAAGAUGUCAGCAGGGGCCAUGUGUGUGCCCCAGUCACACCGAGCACGGCCUGUCAGAGGUUGGGACAGGUGCGCAGAGUGGGUUAGUGGCCUGGAGACGCGAUGGCAGGCCCAGGGCUGAGGCCUGGGGAGCUCCGGGAGGCCUCCCCAGGUUGUCUCCUUCCCUCCUCCGCAGCCACAGGGAGGCAGGACACGCUGGAUGGGGCCCCCAGUUCACCCCCCAGGCCCAGGCCUUGCCAGCCACCUGGCUCCAGCUCCCUAUUCUUGAGCAGCUCAGUUCAGGAGCCUGUGAGGAAACCCCAGAAUACUGAGCUUCAGGAAGCAGCAGGUGAGGUCAAGGAGCCGGGGGCAGCUGACCACAGUGUGUUCUUUGCCUCAUGCUAUCCUUCACCUGGGCCCAGGAUUCCAGCUCUCUCUCCAAGGCCAGACCCCAGAUUCCUCCCCUCAGCCAUACCCCUCAGAGUCCUCUCAUCUCCUACCAGAGGACUGCAGCAGCCUCCUCCAGGCUGUGGGGAGCAUUAACAAAGGAUGCUGGAGGGAUUGGGAUGGGGAACACAUGUAAAUCCAUGGCUGAUUCAUGUCAAUGUAUGACAAAAACCACUACUACAAUAUUGUAAAGUAAUUAGCCUCCAACUAAUAAAAAUAAAUGGGAAAAAAAAAAAAAAAAGAAAGGAUGCUGGAGAAGUAAUACAGGCCUGUAGCUGGAACUCUGGAGGUUAGAUGUGAGGCAGGUCAAGAAUGUCACUGCUGAUAAAGGCCUGAGGCUGUUUCCUGUUCCCUAGUUCUGUGGCCUCGCAGUGGGUGUUCCCACUGCCCGGCAUGCUGUAGCUCAGGUCGUGAUCUAGUAAGAGCUGCAACCUCAGACACUGCGGUCCCCCUUCCGGGGAGGGCCCCUGACUUGCAGCACGCACAUCCACAGCUGCCCCCUCCAGCCUGCCAGUCGCUUUGGCCCAGGGCAGAAUAAGUGUCAGGUGAGGAUGGCGAGGUGAGGCCUGGGCUCAUCCCCGUCUCAGAGAGAGUCCCGGCAAUGAGGACAUCCAGCCCCACAGAGAACACGGGGCCAGGGGACUCGAGCUGAGUGCACUUGUAUCUCGGAUUUAUCCAGGGACCCUGCUCCCCACCUCUGUGAGCAGCCGCUUGGUACCAAGCCCCCAGUGCCCAGGCCAGGAGGAAGACCUUGACUCAGUAGCUCCACAGGUGGGGAUCCUGGUACCCCUUCUCCAAGUGCAGCCUCAGGGCCCAGGGAGGAUUGGUAUCUGGCUCAUGGCCUGUCGCUGGUUCCUUCGCCACAUCCAGGACUCGUGGCCCCCCUUCCAGAGGCCCUGCUGUCCACCUGCUCUCCUAGCCUCAGUCCCUGUGGCCAGGUCAGAUGGUCUACCUGGGGGGCAGCAGAUGGCGUACAGGCCAAUGGACCAGGUGUCAGCCACACAGGUGGUGCCCGAGUGUGAUGCCCAGAGGCUCAGUCUGGUGCCAGGUGACACAGCUCCCUGCCACACAGCAGGUCUGCGGUACCCAGCUCAGCACACUGCAGGCACCAGGACGCAGGGCUCGGGGACAACUGUGCCCAGGAGGCCAGUGAAGAUCGGGGGCUGUGCUCAUUCUCUGCGGCCCUGUACUUUUUCUCUAGUCUUUCCCAUCCUAUUGUUUUCCUCUAUUUCUUUGCACCGAUCACUGAGACAGGCUUUCUUAUCUCUCCUCUCUAUUCUUUGGAACUC